AUGCAGAACGGAUCGGCAAAGGGAUCAGCGAGUGGAUCGGCGAAGACGUGUCGCGGGACAAUGGCCAACUGGACUACCGGUGCCCCGCAGCGGCAGAACCAUCCCCGGCCCCAGACGGCCAGGACAACCUCCCUCACCCGGCAGGAGUGCAGUUCCUGCUCCUCCAUCGCCUCCUGUCCCGUCUUCUCCGGAAGGCAUAGUGACCAAGAGGAGGACCCACCUCCACGCUGCCCCUCCAGCCUCUCCUCCCCCAGCCUCCAGGGCUCCAAUUCCAGUCUGCACUCGUCAAUCUCCAACUCCAGCCUCCACAAAUUCGUCUCCAACUCCAGCCUCCACUCCUCUGGCCAAAGUCCCAAUGGCUCUCUACGCAGUCUCUACUCAUACGACCCCAGCCCCAAGGGCUCUCUACCCAGCCUCCAAGGCUCCUUACCCAGCCUGAAGGGAUCCAUCUCUGGGUUGAGGUGCUUUUUGGCGGGUCUGGAUCGCUCCAGCCCAGGCCCGUGUAGCUCCAGCCUGGGUCCACGUAGCUCUAGCCCCAGCCCUAGCCCCAGUUUGCGCAGCUCCAGUCCCAGCUUGCGCAGCUCUAGCCCCAGUCUGCAGAGCACCUCUAGCUCCAGCGUGUGCAGCGGAAGCUCCAGCGAGGACGACAGCUGGGAUACCAACAGCUGGAGCUCCGGGGCUACCUGCCUGCUGCGCACCUCCAUCAAGCAGUACAGCGACGAGGUGUUCCGGGCCCGUGCCAGCUCCCCUGGUCCUGGUGGCAGGGCCGAUAAGACUGCCGCCAGUGACACGUCUACAGAGAAUGUCUACCAGACCCUGGGGAACUGCGAGGGUGAUAGCGGAACGGAUAGAGCCGAGAGCCAGGAGGGGCCGGAGCGAGUGUUGAAAGUAAAGUGUGAUUCAACCGAAAGCCUGUCGUCAUCCAGCAACCAGGGCCAGGGCAAGGUUGUGACCUUCUCAGCACAGCAGGAGCAGAAACUGGAGGAGCGGCUCAAGUUCUCCCAGUUCCUAGAUGAGGUCACAAACAGGGUGCUGGUUCCAGGGAGUCCCUGGGAGUCCUUCAACCAUGUUCGACAGAGAGAACUAGCCGCAGCUGCAGCCUCCUGGUCCAGCCCAAUGUCUUCCUCUCUACAGCCCAUUCAGGAACUACAAGAACCGAGGGUGGACUGUUCCCACUUGGAGCACCAGUGGAGCAAGUACAGCACGCCCAGCUGUAAGGUGCUGGACCACGGAGAAGGCCUGAGCAAAGUGGGCCAGGUGGAAAGCUGUUUCCACUCGGAGCUGGCAUCUGUAGGGAGAACCUAUCUGGAGACGGAUAUCGACAUUGUUAGGAGACGGGAUGAACUGGAGUUUAAUGGCUCCCUGGAGAGAGGGAGGGAGAGAAGAAACGGCAGCCCUGAAACCCCUCGAGUGAGCUUCGAGGGACCGAGAAGCCCAAGUCCGUGUCCUGUCUUGUCCUGGCCCCAAGGCUUUUCCAAAUACCCCAACAGGUCCACUAGACCUGUCAGUAACACGGUAAGUACUAGUUCCCUUUAAAAAAUACAUACAUACACACAUACAUAAUAGACACCCUCCAGAUUACAACGUCUUCGUUACGACAAUGAAUUAAACAUUUAAUUUAAACGGGAUUGCUUUAUACACCAGAUGCGAAGUCCUUAUCAAUGAGCUCCCUAGUGAGCAGAGCAAAACAGAGAUUCGUUAUUAAAAAAACUGGGGAGCAGAAAGGAGCAGAUUAGAGAGAUGCAUAAUGACUUGACUUUGUCAUGCUCAAGGCUUUGAAAUAUAAUUUGAUCAUAAGCAGCCUUGUUAAAAAAAAAUACUGUAAUUAUACUUGACACACUCGGGCAUACGCAUUGUCAAGCCUCUAUAUUUGAUCCAUUGCUAUUAAAUGUGUCUGACAGAUCAUCUAGUUAUGGUGCACUAAAACUACACUCGCAGGGACAGAGACCUGAGCUUUUUUGUAUUGGCGCGAUAUUGUUUUACAACAGAUGACAGGAUGUUUAACACGUUGCAGUUAAAGCCACAAAGUCAAACGUACACACUUUUUACACGCCUAUGAAUGGGAUUCCUCUCCCAUUUCAAACCUGAAUUCACACUUAACCCAAGCAUUUUUACAAACCUUUCUGGAAUGUCAAUGGAAUACACUGCAGUUAUACUAUGUCUGUUCUAGAUAUCUGUUACCCAUGUUAGCCAGACUCACAGACGUACUGGUGUUAGUCCUUCCCUUUGGUAUAUGUUGUAAAAUAUACAUAGGCCUAAUUCACAACCCUCUCACUCACUGUCCAGACUGAGAAGAAACCUGGCUUUUCACUAUUGCGCCUGCCUGUGAUGGUUGCCAGCAUAAAUCAUUCACAAUGCUCCCUAUUUUGUCUGGGCUGGGCUCUACCAUUGCAGCUUCUGUAAUGUCUCUUUAACACUCCUAAGGGCACUAUGGUAUUAUAGGCCACUGUAUGCUGUUUCUGGGGUGGACUGGACCAGACACAAAGCCUAGAGUCAGAGGAGGGUCGUUUUCCGCAAUGUGAAUUCAACGUGUGCCAGCUCCCUAGCAACUCAGAGCAACUGUCUGUCAGUGUGUGGGGGAGGGGAGGGGGGAAUCAAAGAGAGAUGGUCUCUGCCAAGACGAAUGAAUGAAUGGAGAAGAUGGGAUGCAAGAGAGAUGGGAGUAGCACUGUGUGUGUGUGUGUGUGUGUGUGUGUGUGUGUGUGUGUGUGUGUGUGUGUGUGUGUGUGUGUGUGUGUGUGUGUGUGUGUGUGUGUGUGUGUGUGUGUGUGUGUGUGUGUGUGUUUCAUCAAAUUCAAUUCAAGGUCCUUAUGUCGACUCACAACCUUCCAAAAAUGAUGAACUGUUAAGUAAUACUAUCGUAUCUUAUCUUAUAUUAUCUUAUCGUUAUUUGUUCAAAGGAUUGAUGCCAUGCAUGGCGGCAGAUAGCCUAGCAGUUAACAGUGUUGGGCCAGUAACCGAAAGAUUGCUGGUUCGAAUCCCCGAGUCGACUAGGUGAAAAAUCUGUCGAUGUGCCCUUGAGCAAGGCACUUAACCCUAAUUGCUCCUGUAAGUCACUCUGGAUAAGAGUGUCUGCUAAAUGACUAAAAUGUCAAAUGUAAUGGCAGAGGUACCCUACAAUAUGGUAUUCAAAGGCUAUUUAUCAGAUCCAAUACUCAGGACAGUGUGAGGCUUCGAUGGGGAGGUGCUGGCAUGGCUGCCUCUGCUUCCUUUUCCAUUGACUGCUCCCAGGGAUACCCAUAGACUUGGCUUCCUGCCUGGGGACAGGAGGAGCCGGAGGAGAGGGAGGGGCAGAGGCGGGGGAGUAGGGGGGGAUUACUGGUCUCUCAUUCACUAGUGAGUCGUGACUCAUCCUGCUGGAUCACACACACACUGUUACUAUGACAAACACACACACGCACGCGCACACACACACACAAUGUUGCUAUGACAAAUACACACACGCACGCGCACACACACACACACUGUUGCUAUGACAAACACACACACGCACGCGCGCGCACACACACACUGUUGCUAUGACACAUCACACACACGCACAGCAUUGCCUCUCCCAGAGCAGUGUCAGAUAACAUAUGCUGAAGUGUUUAUAACCUGUUAUGAUACUUAAUAACAAAAUGACGAUGUCUGUGAAGGAGUAUAUAAUUUUUAUAUAAUCUGAAGUGUCAAUUUUAAUUAUAGUCGUAGUCAUAAAUAUAAUAUAAUAGUAUUAUCAUCAUAUUAACAGUGAGAACCAUCUGUUUUGUUAUAAUAUUGUACAGUAUGGAACAGGAUCCAGAGGAUCCAAUGUUUGGUUCUGCACCACAAAACCCUUUUGUGUAACCCAUGCUAUGCAUGUAGGGGAGACACAAGCAUACAAGGAAAGUCAACAGAUUCCAUUAUCUAUUACUUGUGGUACUCCCUCCUUCUCUCUCUCUCUCUCUUGCUCUCUCUUGCUCUCGCUCUCUCUCGCUCUCUCUCUUGCCCUCUCUCUCUCUCUCUCUCUCUCUCUACCCAUGGCCCUGGGGCACCUGGUCCCAGCACGCUGCAUUUUUUUCUCUUACCGUAAUUCUGACGUUUUCCUUUCUGUCUUAAUGCUGAUGUGGAAGUGAGGGGUAUUUGUAUACGGGCGUCUUUGAGAGACACUUACCACAAAAGCCUGCCUCGUUAAAGAUACUAGACAGUGUCUCAGCUCAGUAUCCAUCUAAUCUUUUCAUUUCUUCCCCCUUUCCUCCGUCUCUUCCCCCACUAGGUGUCUGAUGGGAAGAUGUAUGACAUGAGGUAGGCCACUUUCACUUUUCCACUUUUCUCCCAUGCUGAAACACCACAACCCCCUCCUCUCUCUCUCUCUCUCUCUCUCUCUCUCUCUCUCUCUCUCUCUCUCUCUCUCUCUCUCUCUCUCUCUCUCUCUCUCUCUCUCGCUCUCUCUCGCUCUCUCUCUCUCUCGCUCUUUUUCUCUUUCUCUUUCUUCCCCAUCUCUCUCUCCCACUCAUCUCUCUUCCCCCUGCUGCUUCAUUCAGCUCUGAUGUCUGUGUCCAGUCAGUAUUGGCGGAGGGCUUAUUUCACAGUGCAUACCGCUACUGCUGCUAAUGCUCCGAGCUCUGGAUGCGCAGACACGUGAAUGCUGUGAUCUUUACCCGUUUGUAAAUGAGUCGUAAAGCGUGUAAACGGUAAGCAGAGGAGAUUGAGGGAAGCGUGCGUUCAUGAGUGGGUGUGUGUGCGAGAGAAAUCUGCCAUACCAUUUACACAUAAUGAUUGGGAACGCUUUCCUGUGGGUCUUAUUGUGUUCUCUGUGGUGUUUUGCCUUGUUGCUAAUCUGACACUGUGUGAAAGAGCGCAUUGACUGAGUGGUGAGAUGAUGUGGGGAAAAUUGCCAGGCAUUCUAUGAGGCGGGAGCUCAUAAUUAUAUGUUUGUAGCAUGUGUGCAAUACAGGAAGUGGACUGGCAUGUGUAAUUUAAGUGUGCUGUGUGUCACUGAGAGAUCUCACAGUUAGUUGGAUAAUGAAUAUGGAUAAUAGAGGUGGGUUAACAAUUCAAGUCCAUUCUUUUUCUCUUUGCGCAUUGUGUUCAUUUGUAUCGUGAAUGAGAUUACACUGGGAAUUAUAUACAGGCGAUAGGCUAAGCAUUUUAUCUUUCAUUUAGCGACACCUCUGUAGCUUUACAAAAAUGGCACCAAGAGAGACCAUGAUGGAGGAAUAAGUGUGACAUGAAACAAAGUUGUUAUUAUCCUUGCCUGAAUCAUUCCUCUUUUUAUGUCCAAACCCAUGACGAUAAUACUUUGCGGAGCAUGGGAGAUUGGUUUAAUAUCUGAUUUAGCCAAAACGCUUAGUGAAUUAGAACGCUUUUUCCAGAUAUCGCUCUCCAUCGACUUUAUAAUGUUGUCGUCAGCAUAAUGUGACCAUUACAUCUUAGGAGUUAAUUGCCUUCACCUCAAGACUUAACCUCGAGGUUGGGAAAUGUAUUGAUUGAGAUGAUACCCAUUUGCCAUUAGUAAAUUAAAGGGGCAAUCUGCAGUUACGACAUCAAUUUUUGGACUUAUAAAUGAAUGAUAUAUACCCAAUGAUUAUUGAAGAAUAUCAUUUAUAAAUGCCUCAUGAGCUUAAUUCAAUUAUCGUACCCCAUCAGAAACCAAAAUAUAAGCUUGUUUGACUCCAAUGUUUGUAAACAAUGUAAAUGUAAACAAAAACUCUAUAGCUUCAAAACAUGGUUAAAACUAUAAUUUUUACAUCAUGGAUGGUCAAUCCUUGCAUCCAUAGCUCUGUCUAUGAAUUGAAGAGUGGUUACAGAGUGGUUACAUUUCUCCAGCCCCAUCUCUUUACCAAAACAGUGUCAGGGUGUACGCUUUGUUGUUGUUUCUACUGCAGAUUGCCCCUUUAAAACAAAUAGCACCUUUGCCUUGACUGAGUCCAGAGGGAUAUUUGGAAUCUCUGAAGUGUUUCACAAACAGCCUGAGGUGAUGCAUCUCAUUUAUCCACACAAAGAGGGAAACAGUGCCAACAUUUUAAGUUGACUACCCUGUGCUGUUUCUAGUGCCAUGACAGAGGUAGUUGGCACCAAGGUGCGGGUUCAAAACACCAGCGGUACUACAGCGGUGCAUUCAGUGCGACUGAACUGUGUCAAAAGUUUAAUUCAAUGAAAACGGUACUGUACUGAACAACCAGUUGAAUAUUAGUGUGACGAUGGUGGCGCAGAGAGCGAUUGUGUACGGUGUGCUGCACGAGAUUUGCAAUUUCAAAUGGUCACACACACAUUGAUCAGGCAACACCUCGCCAGUCGCCACGCCCAGCAAGCGGGAAGAAACGUACCUCGAACGCUGUAGAAGAACGGUGCGCACCGUUUUGGGGAAACUUGAACGCACCACAACGCUACUAUAUAACUGCAGUGCUCCACUACCUAAAUAGUGAAGGAGGAGAUUAACAGUAGACCACAUCCGUUAACUCUCCCUCUAUAUAACUCUCCCUCUGAGUGUGAUGCAUUCAUCGUCGAUACACACUCUAGACAUUUUCAAACAACAACAAUAACAACACUAGCGUUGUGUGAACAGCCCCUGAGUAGGUGAAGGCUUGUGUCCUACCACAUUCUCUUCACUAGACGUAUACAUCAGCCACAGGACUGUAAACUGUAGUUCUAUUCCCGAGACUAAGGCCUCACACCAACAGUUGCUCUGAGACCAAGUUAAGCCAGGCUUCUUUUAUUCAGACUUUGAGAUACAUGCUUGUAUAUUCCUGUAGGUACAGUACACCGUUAGUCUUUCCACUUGAACAGUGUGAGGAGUAGCAUCCAAAGCUUAAGCUAGGUGUUUGGUGUUUUCCCAUGAGCCUAGUCUGGAGCAAUGUACUGAAUGGUACAACCUCCUCUCUCUCUCUCUCUCUCUCUCUCUCUCUCUCUCAUUUCUACUCUCCUUCUGUCUCUCUUCUCUCCUAACACUCUCACUCCUACAUCUCUCUCGGCUAACACCUCUCCUCUCUCUUCUCUCUCCUUAACUUCGCUCUAUUCUUCAUCUCUCUCGACGCUCUCGAGCUUUCAGCCUCGUCUAAAACCUUCUUCUCGCUUAUCUCUCUCUUCUCUGCUUAGUACUUCUUUUGCUAUCUUUCUGUUUAACACCCUAUCUCCGUCUACCCACAUAGCUCGUCUAAACACUAGCUUCCGAUCGCGCAAACAAGCGCGCUCGUCUACUCUCUCGCGCUCUCUCUCUCUGCUCCUUUCUCGCUCUCCUCUCCUCCUAACAAUCUCUCUCUCGCUCUAUCUCCUCUGCGUUACUCUCUCUCUCUCUUCCUCUCUCUCUCUCACUCUCUCUAUCUCUCUCUCCGUCUAACACACUUCUCUCUCACUCUCUCUCCGUCUAACACACUCUCUCUCACUCUCUCUCCGUCUAACACACACUCUCUCUCUCUAACUGUCUCGUUCUCUCUCUAACACUCUCUCACUCUUAUUAUUUCCAAGAUGAGAUCUGAUGUUUAGAAAAGCAAUUUGUGUGGUCUGGCAUCUGGAGGAGGUUGAUGAGAAAUAUUUUGAGCGCAGGUUGUGGUUUGGUGAGAGUUACUAAACAAAUCCAUUUCUGUUUAUUGAGAAUUUGUCUGACAGGUACAACACAUCUAGUCUGGCUUUCUCACUCAAACACCAACACACACAGCCACACACAGCCCCCGAGCGCUGCCCCCUUCCAUUACAACAGUUGGAUCCAAACAAGGAGAGGUCUCAACCCCCCAUUAAAAAAAAUAACAUUUGAGUGAACCAUUUUGAGUGAACCAAUUUUCUGAGUGAAUAUUGCCUUUACAAAGGCGUCCUGUCCAGACCAGUGUGUCACAGCUCUCUCUGCACUGUGAGUCACGUGGGUCGCGUCAACCUGGCUACAAGACACCCAAUUCCUAAAUGUAAUUUUAAUGAAGGGCUCACAGUAUUUGCCAUUGACAGGAUUCCCAUGAUGUAGGUUUUAGUUUAUUAACCUCAACACGUAUUGACAUAUGUGAAUGAAUGGGUUGCCAGAUUUGAAUAAAUUCUGCAGCCCUCUUUAGGAAUGAGCCAGUCAGUAGUCUUUGGAAAUGACAAAUAAAUGCCCGGUCCCUCCUCCUCCAUCUCAAUUCCAUCCCACACCACCUGUGAUCCUGUUAACUCCCUACUUGUCAGUCCUAGGAAAAAUCAAACCAUUUGGAAAUGUGUCCAACUGCCACAGAGCCAUUUGACCAGCAUGUCAGAGAGCAGAUAGGAGGCAGGGGGGGAUUCGCAAAGCCUGAACUCUCUGCAUAGCUGGUUGCCUCUCACUCGCUCUCCCUCUUUCUCGCUCUCUGUCACUUUCUCUCUCUCUCUCUCUCUCGCUCUCUCUCUCCAAAGGGAAUGCUGACUCCUCCACUGACAGAGGUACAGAGGCUUCCCUACACCCCCCCCCCCCCCCCCCCCCCUUUCCCAGCCCAGCACAGGGCUUGUGUAGAGGGAAUAUAUCCAGCUGUGGAUACCCGACCUCUGGAUUGGGCUGAUAAAGUGAAAAGGGCUUGAAUGUAAAAGCCAAGCCUUUGCUGAGGAGCCAAAUGUGAAUGUCACGCCCCUCCGCUGUGCUGUACUGUGCAGAGGAGAUACUGAAUGCCCCCACUGCUGGUUGUAAACUAAAACAUGCAUAUCCGUCUCUCUUUAGGUUUUCAGUAACUUCCUUGUCUUAUUGGUGCUCAGUAGAUGUAAUUGCUAGCAACAAUGCAUGCUGAAUUUGGGUGGUGCGUUCACAGUUCCUUGAGAAAUUCUACACACCCUUUGCACAGUCUUCACAUUUUGCUGCCUUAAAAUUACAUCUAAAAAUGUAUUUUUCCCCUACCUAUUCCUACCUUUCUGAGUAUGUCCCCAAAGUUAUUACUUGGUGUAAUGUUGACAAAUACAAAUUGAUAAAUGUUGCCCUAAGAGUUAAGGUAAAAUCUUCUUCAAAAUGAUUUACAGCUGUAAUGGCUGCCAAAGGUGCUUCCAUCAAGUAUACACUGGGAUGUGAAGACACGCAAUUAAGACAUCUUCGUUUUUAUUUUAUUUUAAUUCAUUUGGAAGAUUUUCUGUAUUUUUUCUUUCACUUUGAAAAUGUAGAGUAGGUUGUGUAGAUAGGUAGGGUAAAAAUCGAAUGUAUUAUCUUUUUAGAUACAUUUUAUGUUAAGCCUGUGCAAGGGGUGUGUAGACUUUCCCUAGUGACUAGUGUUGUCUUGGCAACCUCAGGAUCAGGAAGGAUUUUACACAGUAUCAAAUCAGAUUCCUCUCAGAUUAGGCAGCACGCAGAGGCGAGUUCAAUUAUUUUCACCUUUCUCCGAACCAGGGUAUGAAAUGAAUCACAGUAUUAUACAGACGAUAUUGUGAUGUAUACCUGGGUUCAAGCUUGCUUGACUUAGCUGUUGUCUUUUGAAGGCCUGGAGAGGAGAGAGAGAGAAGAGGGAGAGCGGAGAGAGAGAGGAGAGAGAGAGAGAGAGAGAGGAGAGAGAGAGAGAGGAGAGAGAGACGAGAGAGAGACGAGAGGAGAGAGAGAGAGAGAGAAGAGAGAGAGAGAGAGAGAGAGAGAGAGGAGAGACGAGGAAGGAGAGAAGAGAGUGAGGAGAGAGAGAGAGGAGAGAGGGAUGAGAGACGAGAGGAGGAUGAUCAGGAGGAGAGAGAUAAGAAAAAGCAAGAACAGAGCAGAAGAGCAGAUAGUAAAAAGAGAAAAGGAAUACAACGAGGGAUGGAUACCAGGAAAAAGGGGGGGGGGAAAAAGAAAAAAGGGGAAAAAAAAGGGGGGGGGAAAAAAAAAAAAGGGGGGGGGGGGGGGGGAAAAAAAAAGGGAAGGGGGCAAAAAGGGGAAAAGAGAGGAAGAGAGGGGGGAGAAGGGGGGAAAAAAAAGGAAAAGGAAAAGGGGGGAAAAAGGGGGGGGGGGAAAAAAGGGGGGGGGAAGGAGGGGAAAAAGGGGGGGAAGGGGGGGAAAAGAAAAAGGGGAAAAAAAAAUUUAAAAGGGAGGGAGAGAAGAGGGAAGAAAAAAGGAAGGGAAAAAGAAAAGAAAGAGAGGAGAAGGGAAGGGGGAAGGGGAGGGGGAGGAGAGGGGGGAAGAGGAGAGAGGGGGGGAGAGAGAGAAGAGGGAGAGGGGAGGGAGAGAGAGAAGGAGGGGGAGAGAGGGAAGAGAGAGAAGGGGAGAGAGAGAGGGGAGGAGAGAGGGAGAGACGGAAGGAAGGAGGAGAGAGAGAGGAGGAGAGAGAGAGAGAGAGGAGAGGGAGGGAGAGAGGGGGAGGAGGGGGAGCGGAGAGAGGAGGGGAGGAAGAAGAGGAGGGGAGGAAGAGAGAGAAGAGAGGGAGGAGGAGAGGGGAGGGGAGAGAGAGAGAGAGGAGAAGAGAGAGGGGAGAGAUGAUCCCCCUUGCUGUCGGUAGGACUCAUCAAAAAAACAAAACCAGAGCUAGAAGAGGCCAUUUCCCUUCUCUGCCUCACCACCACAAAACACAAGACUAUACAACGGGGUAUUCAACAGGGACAUAUCCAUUUUAGAAAAUUGGAAUUUGUGAGACAACAAAGGAAACUUGGUUUAUAUGUCUCCUCAAUGUCACGUUGCAUAAGGAUUUGAAGACAGGUGCAGGAAUACGUAAUAGUGGUUUUAUUUUCUCCACCCAACACAAGGUAUAUCAUGAACAACGACGGGGACGAAGCCCAAAACAAACACCUAUAUAUAUAUAUAUAUAUAUAUAUAUAUAUAUAAAACACAAAACACAGGGAUGUAACCCAAACAAAAGAGUGAGGUGUAACCUCUAUACAAUACACGGGACGAGACCCGUAAUACCAAGAGCACAAUACACGGUACUCACGAGACCAACGGACAUGGGACAAGACAGUCCGGGGUUGGUGGCAAUGAACCAGAUCAGUGACGCCUUGAAGGCCGGUGACGUAGACCUCCGGAGCUGGUGAACGGAAUGAGCAGCAGUACCGGGGGAUUCCGGGACACUCAACUUAAAAGGCAUUGUAGAAGGUCGUUGCAGUUCUCUUGAGCUACCAUAGUGAGAUUGUAAAUUUCCAUAUCAACAUUCUGUAGAGGUUUUCCUCUCAUAUCUCUUAUCACUCACACAAAGCACUGGAAUAAAAUGGGCUUUCUGAGUAAUACUUGUUCAAGGAAUUGGGUAAGUGCUGAUUUUCAGUUCUUUCAGCAAUACGGAGUGAGACAUUGUCCUCUAAGAAAAGGUACUGAGAUGAUUCAGACAGACUGCAUUAUGCGUUUACAAACUAGUGGUGCAGUUUUACAGUCUCCUGUAUUUUCUAUGUUGGCUUUGCUAACAGCAAAGUUCAUCCUGUACAAAGCAGCAGUCUUUGGACAGUGUGGUAUGGGCUUGGGUAUUCAACCUAUAUAUACAGUGAGGGUAAAAAGUAUUUGAUCCCCUGCUGAUUUUGUACGUUUGACCACUGACAAAGACAUGAUCAGUCUAUAAUUUUAAUGGUAUGUUUAUUUGAACAGUGAGAGACAGAAUAACAACAAACAAAUCCAGAAAAACGCAUGUCAAAAAUGUUAUAAAUUGAUUUGCAUUUCAAUGAGGGAAAUAAGUAUUUGACCCCUCUGCAAAAUAUGACUUAGUACUUGGUGGCAAAACCCUUGUUGGCAAUCACAGAGGUCAGACGUUUCUUGUAGUUGGCCACCAGGUUUGCACACAUCUCAGGAGGGAUUUUGUUCCACUCCUCUUUGCAGAUCUUCUCCAAGUCAUUAAGGUUUUGAGGCUGAUGUUUGGCAACUCGAACCUUCAGCUCCCUCCACAGAUUUUCUAUGGGAUUAAGGUCUGGAGACUGGCUAGGCCACUCCAGGACCUUAAUGUGCUUCUUCUUGAGCCACUCCUUUGUUGCCUUGGCCGUGUGUUUUGGGUCAUUGUCAUGCUGGAAUACCCAUCCACGACCCAUUUUCAAUGCCCUGGCUGAGGGAAGGAGGUUCUCACCCAAGAUUUGACGGUACAUGGCCCUGUCCAUCAUCCCUUUGAUGCAGUGAAGUUGUCCUGUCCCCUUAGCAGAAAAAUACCCCCAAAGCAUAAUGUUUCCACCUCUAUGUUUGACAGUGGGGAUGGUGUUCUUGGUGUCAUAGACAGCAUUCCUCCUCCUCCAAAAUCAAGCUCUUUGGCAUCAUCUGACCACAACACUUUCACCCAGUUCUCCUCUGAAUCAUUCAGAUGUUCAUUGGCAAACUUCAGACGGGCCUGUAUAUGUGCUUUCUUGAGCAGGGGGACCUUGCGGGCGCUGCAGGAUUUCAGUCCUUCACGGCGUAGUGUGUUACCAAUUGUUUUCUUUGUGACUAUGGUCCCAGCUGCCUUGAGAUCAUUGACAAGAUCCUCCCGUGUAGUUCUGGGCUGAUUCCUCACCGUUCUCAUGAUCAUUGCAACUCCACGAGGUGAGAUCUUGCAUGGAGCCCCAGGCCGAGGGAGAUUGACAGUUAUUUUGUGUUUCUUCCAUUUGCGAAUAAUCACACUAACUGUUGUCACCUUCUCACCAAACUGCUUGGCGAUGGCCUUGUAGCCCAUUCCAGCCUUGUGUAGGUCUACAAUCUUGUCCCUGACAUCCUUGGAGAGCUCUUUGGUCUUGGCCAUGGUGGGGAGUUUGGAAUCUGAUUGAUUGAUUGCUUCUGGGGACAGGUGUCUUUUAUACAGGUAACAAACUGAGAUUAGGAGCACUCCCUUUAAGAGUGUGCUCCUAAUCUCAGCUCGUUACCUGUAUAAAAGACACCUGGGAGCCAGAAAUCUUUCUGAUUGAGAGGGGGUGAAAUACUUAACACUUGUUUGGUUACUACAUGAUUCCAUAUGUGUUAUUUCAUAGUUUUGAUGUCUUCACUAUUAUUCUACAAUGUAGAAAAUAGUAAAAAAAUUAAGAAAAACCCUUGAAUGAGUAGGUGUGUCCAAACUUUUGACUAGUAGUGUGUAUGUAUAUAUAUACAGUCAUGGCCAAAAUUGUUGGCACCCCUGAAAUUUUUCCAGAAAAUGAAGUAUUUCUCACAGAAAAGUAUUGAAAUUACACAUGUUUUGCUAUGCACAUGUUUAUUUCCUUUGUGUGUAUUGGAAUAACACAAAAAAAACAGGGAAAAAAGCAAAUUUGACAUAAUUUCACACAAAACUCAAAAAAUGGGCCGGACAAAAUGAUUGGCACCCUUAACUUAAUAUUUAGUUGCACACCCUUUGGAAAAAAUAACUGAAAUCAGUCGCUUCCUAUAACCAUCAAUAAGCUUCUUACACCUCUCACCCGGAAUUUUGGACCACUCUUCUUUUGCAAACUGCUCCAGGUCUCUCAUAUUGGAUGGGUUGCCUUUUCCCAACAGCAAUUUUAAGAUCUCUCCACAGGUGUUCAAUGGGAUUAAGAUCUGGACUCAUUGCUGGCCACUUCAGAACUCUCCAGCGCUUUGUUGCCAUCCAUUUCUGGGUGCUUUUUGAAGUAUGUUUGGGGUCAUUGUCCUGCUGGAAGACCCAUGAUCUCGGACGCAAACCCAGCUUUCUGACACUGGGCCCUACAUUGCGACCCAAAAUCCUUUGGUAAUCCUCAGAUUUCAUGAUGCCUUGCACACAGUCAAGGCACCCAGUGCCAGAGGCAGCAAAACAACCCCAAAACAUCUUUGAACCUCCACCAUAUUUGACUGUAGGUACUGUGUUCUUUUCUUUGAAGGCUUCAAUACAUUUUCGGUAAACAGUAGAACGAUGUGCUUUACCAAAAAGCUCUAUCUUGGUCUCAUCUGUCCAUAAGACGUUCUCCCAGAAGGAAUUUGGCUUACUCAUGUACGUUUUGGCAAACUGUAGUCUUGCUUUUUUAUGUCUCUGUGUCAGCAGUGGGGUCCUCCUGGGUCUCCUGCCAUAGCGUUUCAUUUCAUUCAAAUUUCGACGUAUAGUUCGCGCUGACACUGAUGCACCCUGAGCCUGCAGGACAGCUUGAAUUUCUUUGGAACUUGUUUGGGGCUGCUUAUCCACCAUCCGGACUAUCCUGCGUUGCAACCUUUCAUCAAUUUUUCUCUUCCGUCCACGUCCAGGGAGAUUAGCUACAGUGCCAUGGGUUGCAAACUUCUUGAUCAUGUUGCGCACUGUGGACAAAGGAACAUCUAGAUCUCUGGAGAUGGACUUGUAACCUUGAGAUUGUUGAUAUUUUUCCACAAUUUUGGUUCUCAAGUCCUCAGACAGUUCUCUUUUCCUCUUUCUGUUCUCCAUGCUUAGUGUGGCACACACAGAAACACAAUGCAAAGACUGAGUCAACUUCUCUCCUUUUUAUCUGCUUUCAGGUGUGAUUUUUAGAUUGCCCACACCUGUUACUUGCCCCAGGUGAGUUUAAAGGAGCAUCACAUGCUUGGAACAAACUUAUUUAUCCACAAUUUUGAAAGGGUGCCAAUAACUUUGUCCGGCCCAUUUUUUUAGUUUUGUGUGAAAUUAUGUCAAAUUUGCUUUUUUCCUGUUUUUUUUUGUGUUAUUCCAAUACACACAAAGGAAAUAAACAUGUGCAUAGCAAAACAUGUGUAAUUUCAAUACUUUUCUGUGAGAAAUACUUCAUUUUCUGGAAAAAUUUCAGGGGUGCCAACAAGGGGGCCAGGACGGGAGAGAGAUAGAGAGAGUAGAGAGAGGAGAGAGAGAGUAGGAGAGAGAGAGAGAGAGAGAUGGAGAGGCGAUAGAGAGGGGGAGAGAGAGGAGACAGGAGAGCGAGAGAGAGAGAUCAGAAGAGAGAUGAGAGAGAGAUAGAGAGAGAUAUGAGAGAGCACGGGAGAGAGAGAGAGUAGUAGAGAGAGUAGAUGAAGGAUAGAUAUAGAUAGAGAGAUAGGAGAGAGAGAGAGAGCUAAUAUAUAUAAUAUAUAUAUGAUAGAUAUACAUGUUAUAUAUAUAUAGAGAUAUAUAUAUAUAUAUAUAUAUAUAUAAUAUAUAUAUUAGUAUAUAUAGAUAUGUAUAUAUACUAAAUAUAUAAUAUAUAUAUAUAUAUAUAUAUACAUGUAUAUAUAUACACCAGUCCCCUAUACACUCAACCUAUACCAGUCCCCUGACUCCUUAAUUUUAUAUCACAUUUGAUAAGAUGCACAUUUCAUUGUGUUGUAAUUUGGAGAUUUUGUAAACACUUUGUUCCAGCUAAUUUGUGAAGAUAUUUGGGCGUCUUUCCAAAUUGUGCUUCAAUAUGUAUAAGAUCCUGUGCCAGAUUUUGUAAAGGGACAGAUGCUAUGCAGAAACCAGCAUAGAGGACAUCACUGAAUACACAGCAUGACAAAGUGAUGCACUGUGUGAACCCAUAGUGCUGUAGGUAGAAAACCACACAGCUCUUAGACUGGAGCCAAUGACUUCCUGAAAUGUACACCCAUAGCUCCUAGCUCCAAGGCUCAGCACUCAAUCUGUGCCUAGCCAUAUGGAGAUGGUUCCUCCAGGCAAGACGUUAAAUUCUGCCAUGGCAUGGAUGGCAGGGCCGCAGGGCAAACUGGUCUUGAUGCUGUCAGAACGUUGACACCUCAUUGGAGACCUCUCCAGAGGGAGCAUGUGGCUCUGUGAGAUUGGUUAGAUUGGUAAGCCUUAAAGGAUAACCAAUCUCAUAGAGCCACAUGCUCCCUCUGACUCUAGCAGCAGACCACUGACUCUAACAACAGACCACUGACUCUAGCAGCAGACCACUGACUCUAACAGCAGACCACUGACUCUAACAGCAGACCACUGACUCUAACUGCAGACCACUGACUCUAGCAGCAGACCACUGACUCUAACAGCAGACCACUGACUCUAACAGCAGACCACUGACUCUAACAGCAGACCACUGACUCUAGCAGCAGACCACUGACUCUAACAGCAGACCACUGACUCUAACAGCAGACCACUGACUCUAACAGCAGACCACUGACUCUAACAGCAGACCACUGACUCUAGCAGCAGACCACUGACUCUAACAGCAGACCACUGACUCUAGCAGCAGACCACUGACUCUAACAGCAGACCACUGACUCUAACAGCAGACCACUGACUCUAGCAGCAGACCACUGACUCUAACAGCAGACCACUGACUCUAGCAGCAGACCACUGACUCUAACAGCAGACCACUGACUCUAGCAGCAGACCACUGACUCUAACAGCAGACCACUGACUCUAACAGCAGACCACUGACUCUAGCAGCAGACCACUGACUCUAACAGCAGACCACUGACUCUAACAGCAGACCACUGACUCUAACAGCAGACCACUGACUCUAGCAGCAGACCACUGACUCUAACAGCAGACCACUGACUCUAACAGCAGACCACUGACUCUAACAGCAGACCACUGACUCUAGCAGCAGACCACUGACUCUAACAGCAGACCACUGACUCUAACAGCAGACCACUGACUCUAACAGCAGACCACUGACUCUAGCAGCAGACCACUGACUCUAACAGCAGACCACUAACUCUAAGAGCAGACCACUGACUCUAAGAGCAGACCACUGACUCUAACAGCAGACCACUGACUCUAAUAGCAGACCACUGCGUUAGUUAAGAGCAGAGUAUGACACACGCAGGCACAGGUGCACCCAUCAGAACGAGAUGUGUGACUCAACUGGAAUACAGCAAUGUUGAUUGAAUUUCUGCCCCCCCCCCCCCCCCCCUCUCCCAAACACACACACAACAAACUCACAAACACACAUUCUUACCCAUGGCCUCAUUGUGACAGGCAGGCUGUUCCAAGGGCAGGGAUGAGGCAUGAGGGAGUAGUAGUGAGUUUAGUGAUGAGUCACCACAGCAGGGGAGAACUAUUUAUUAUGAACUAAUUCCUCCCAAUGAGCUUCAAGUGUUACAAUAAAACAAUAUGACGGAUUCCCUCGUCAUUAGUCGCUAUGGUAUAUCUCUAUGGUAUAUCUCUGUGGUAUAUCUCUAUGGUAUAGCUCUAUAAUGCAGAUGCUCAUCAAGCAUAAUCAUCCUCCACCUGAUCCACAAGUAACUAAGCUUAAACAUGGCCAAUACACUUGUGUUUCUUAAACAAUAUAGCAGACCUGGGUUCAAAUAGUAUUUGAAAUAUUUAUAAUACUUUGAUGAACGUUUGCUUAAACCUGUCUGGAGUGACAGGUGGGAGAGGUGUGCACUUUUGGAACUAUGCCAUUGGGUUCCAUUGCAUUUGACAAAGCUCAAUCAAGCACAGCUAAAUAAUUUGAAAUAUUUGAAAUACUAUAUGAACCCAGGUCUACAAUUGUCAAAUCAAGGACUAUGAUCAGAUUAAACAGAUGAUGUUGGCUGCUUGUCUUGGCUCCUCACAACUUCAUUAUGUUUUUCUUUUCCUGGCUAGAGCCUGCUGUGAGCAUAUGGUUUCCUCAGAGAACAUCCAAAAAAUAGAGGACAUCCGAAAAAUAGAGGACAUCCGAAAAAUAGAGAUACUGUAUGUAUGAUAUUCUAUGAUUUAUUUGACCCCCCCCAAAAAAAAAAAUAUUACAACCACACAUAAUCGACGACAACACAAAAAGUUGUGAAACUUAUUUCCAUUGUUGUCCUCAAUGGAACAUCAGAUAAUCCCUUUUGGGAUGUAAACAUUGGGUUGUAUUUUUCCCCAGUCACUGCAUGGUUCCCUAGUCUCAGAUUGUUGAUUAGUAAUUACUCUGCUGACAAAAUCCACAGUGUUGGUUAUUGCCUUUGGUGAAGUACACUGGGGAAUAAAUAGGAAAAGCUUACAUUUCUGGAGUGUUGCAUCAGAAUCAAUUGCUGUGCUUUGCCCACAGAAAAUAUGAAAAAAGUUGGGCAAAACUUUUGUAAAUUCUUGCCAUUCGUACAGCCAACAUUUCAUAAAGUUGUUUUCACGUUUCUAUACAAAGCACAGUUUUUGCAUUGAUUUACACCAGUUGCAUGUACUUCUUUUUGUUUUGUUCUCAUAGUUACACCAGUGUCAUUACGAUGUAAGCAGACAUUAUUACCUAGUACAGGAGUCGGCAACAGGCAGAGUGCUAAUUUCUUUGGAUUUUAGUUUUUGCUAAAGAAAUACGGUCAAAUCACAAGGAAUUCAGCAAACAAAUAACUUAAUUUGGGAAAUCUGUUCCCAAGUAGUCCCACACAAAAAAAAAAGAUGUGAUGAUAUCUCAACAUAAUCAAGGUAUGAAAUUAUUGUUAUUUUCAAAUACAAUCUCUUUUUGGGCUUAGUUGUGGUCAAUUUAUUAUAAUUAUGUUCACCCCCCCCCCUCCCCCGACUAUUCGCGCCGACAAAAAUUAGCCCGCGGCUGAACCCAGUUGCCUACCUCUGACCUAGUACCUACAAUUGCUAUACUAUAUAAUAUAAAGUGAGACGGCUACCCCUCCAGUACGUUUUGUGGUCGUUAUGAAGUCAAUCUGGUUCCUUGAUUAAGAUUUUAACAGACCAUUCUGUUAUUAUCUGAAAGAGCCACACAGUCUAGGCUAUAAGGAGUGAUUACAUUACAUGGUGUGCAUUAACAUUUCAGACGUCCAUUAGCUCAUAAAUAAAUAUAUCUGGGAGGUAGCUCGAUCUCACCUCCCAUGACUCAUAGGCACCAAAUAACCUCCAGACGCUGGCACCAGGCACCACACUUAAGAUGGAUGCCGCACUGCAUCUGAAUUAAAAUACCAUUUAUCUUUCAUUAAACAAAGAGCCAGGAGAGCUGCUCUCUCUGAGAACGGAAUGAGAACGUUACGAUUUUAUAAAUGUUUUGUUCAAGGUUUGUUUGAUGAGUGAUACAUUUCUUCAGGAGGACGACUAGGCUGCUCACAUGGGUCGUUUUAAGGACAGUGAAGACAUACGGCUCAUCUCUUGUGGCUUGUUUACAUCCUCCAGCAUCAGAAGCGUCUUACGUCGUAGGCCCAGUCCUUUAUUAACUCUGCUGUGAGGUAUUCUAGUACAGGUACAAUAGCAUACGUACAGGGAGGGAGUCACAAUAGCACUGGAGAGCAAAGAGAAAAGAGAAAAGAGGAAGGUGGCUAACUACAAGCACACUUCCUUACUCCAGCAACUACACACUUCCUUACUCCAGCAACUACACACUUCCUUACUCCAGCAACUACACACUUCCUUACUCAAGAAACUACACACUUCCUUACUCCUGCAAAUGCACACUUCCUUACUCCAGCAACUACACACUUCCUUACUCCAGCAACUACACACUUCCUUACUCCUGCAACUACACACUUCCUUACUCAAGAAACUACACACUUCCUUACUCCAGCAACUACACACUUCCUUACUCCAGCAACUACACACUUCCUUACUCCAGCAACUACACACUUCCUUACUCCUGCAACUACACACUUCCUUACUCCAGCAACUACACACUUCCUUACUCCAGCAACUACACACUUCCUUACUCCUGCAACUACACACUUCCUUACUCCAGAAACUACACACUUCCUUACUCCAGCAACUACACACUUCCUUACUCCUGCAACUACACACUUCCUUACUCCAGCAACUACACACUUCCUUACUCCAGAAACUACACACUUCCUUACUCCAGCAACUACACACUUCCUUACUCCAGCAACUACACACUUCCUUACUCCUGCAACUACACACUUCCUUACUCCAGAAACUACACACUUCCUUACUCCAGCAACUACACACUUCCUUACUCCAGCAACUACACACUUCCUUACUCCUGCAACUACACACUUCCUUACUCCAGAAACUACACACUUCCUUACUCCAGCAACUACACACUUCCUUACUCCAGCAACUACACACUUCCUUACUCCAGCAACUACACACUUCCUUACUCCAGCAACUACACACCUCCUUACUCCAGCAACUACAUGGGGCUCCCGAGUGGCGCAGCGGUCUAAGGCACUGCAUCUCAGUGCUUGAGGCGUCACUGCAGACCCCCUGGUUCGAUUCCAGGAUGUAUCACAACCGGCCGUGAUUGGGAGUCCCAUAGGGCGGCGUACAAUUGGCCCAGCGUCGUCCGGGUUUGACCAGUGUAGGCUGUCAUUGUAAAUAAUAAUUUGUUCUUAACUGAAAGUUAAAAUAAAAAAUAAAUAAAAUACUUCCGACCUCUCACUCUGCAGCUGACAGAUAAGGCCACAGCUAGUGACCGUAUUCAGCGUGUAUCCCGGCUCCUCUUUGUCUUGUACCCGGGCAGAAGUGAAAGGGAGAUUAAAAUACAAUAA